AUGCCUCGUUCCAAGCGUGCCAGAAUCGUCCACGAGUCCAAGACCGCCAAAAAGGACCACAAGGAACAGACCAGACGGCUCUAUGCCAAUAUCCGCGACUGUGUUGAGAAAUAUGACCAUCUCUUCGUUUUCUCAGUCGACAACAUGCGCAACACAUACUUGAAGGAUGUGCGCGCGGAAUUUGCUGACAGUCGUCUUUUCUUCGGCAAGACAAAGGUCAUGGCCGUCGCCCUCGGCCACAACGCCGAAACCGAAGCCGCUGAAAACCUCCACCUCCUCCACCCCUACCUCACCGGCGCCGUCGGUCUCCUCUUCACCUCGCGGGACCCCACCUCUGUAACGGACUACUUCGACUCCUUCCGCCCGCUCGACUUUGCCCGCGCCGGCACAGAAGCCACUCGCUCUUUCGCCAUCCCCGCAGGCCUGGUGUACUCGCGCGCCGGUGAGAUACCCGCCUCCGAGGACGAACCCAUCAGCCACACGAUUGAGCCCGAGCUCCGUAAGCUCGGUGUUCCCACACGCCUGUUCAAGGGAAAGGUUAUGCUCGAGUUGACGGAGGGGCAGGAGAGCUUCCCUGUUUGCAAGCAGGGUGAUGUGUUGGAUUCGAGGCAGACGACACUGCUGAAGAUGUUUGGGGUUGUGACCUCGGAGUUCAAGAUUGCGCUCAAGGCGCACUGGACCAGGAGUACUUCCGAGGUUGAGAUUCUCGAAAAGGAUGAGAAUGGUAUGGAGGUGGAAUGA